AGAGCAAUGGCGGCCGCGUUGUUGAUGUCUCGCUCUGCGCUGCUGUUGUUGUUGUUGCUGUUGUUGAUGGAGGUCGCCACGGGCGCCGUCUCGUGGGUAGAGAAAGCGGAGGGCGAGACGGUGCUGCUGGGCUGCACCUGGACGGUCGAUCCGGCGCCCACUGAACACCUGGACGUGGAGUGGUUCAUGCAGAUGCCCACCACCAACAUCCAUUUGGCCACGUACGUCAGGGGCGUGGAGCACGUCUACCCGGAGUACGCGUCCCGCAUGCGCUUCGCCCGCAACGUGACGCGGCGGGACGCGUCGCUGGAGAUCGUCGGGGUGCAGACGCGAGACUACGGCUUCUACACGUGCAAAGUCAAGUUCGGCGCUUUCAUCCAGCAGGUGUCCGUCAAGCUCAUCGUGCUGGUGAAGCCGACCCAGCCAGUCUGCGUGGUGAACGGUUCGGCGCAGCAGGGCAAGGAGCUGUCGCUGCAGUGCCAGUCCGCAGAGGGGACGUCGCCCAUCUGCUACGAGUGGAGCAAGGGCGGCGCAGAGGAGCCAUUACCGUCCGUGCUGAGAGGAACGCUGCGCAUCAGGGACGUGAGUGUUAGCCACUCGGGGCUGUACCGGUGCAACGCGAGCAACCGCGUGGGCUGGAGGUCGUGCGUCGUCCUGCUGUCCGUCGUGACACCGAGCAGUGACGCCGGCCUCGUGCCGGGCGCCCUGAUGGGCGUGCUGCUCGUCGUCGCUGCGACCGGCUUCCUCCUCUGGUACCGGCUGCUCAAGCGCAAGCCGGGGCGGCACCAAGACCGUCGCAACGACGUCUGGAUGGACGACUGCCUCCCCGCGUCGACGAGCCUCCCGCCCGCGACCCACGACCCGCCCAGCACCCGCACCUCCAUCGGCUCUGCGGCGACGCCCUCCGACGGCCUCCUGGCGGCUCUGCGACGCCCGGCCCCGGGCGGGCCGACGGGCCCCGGCGGGCCGAGGGGCGCCCCCCCGGGCAGGCCGCCCUACGAGCGAGCGGACGGCCGCGUGAUGGAGUAGAGCGGCGUGUGAGAGCGCCGCUCGCAAGGCAGCGGCGGCAGCGGCGGCGACGACGGGGCUCGGGCCUCGGGGCGAAUCCGCCGCGGUUCCGUCGACAUCGCCCCCAUCGCCACUUCCCCGUCUCGUGCGCCCGAUAUUAGGAAGCCAACUGGAGCUUGAAGUUUUCGUGACUGCAAGGAUCCGUACUCUUUGGUUCGUUCGGUAAGGUCACGAUUGAGAACCAAUUUCUCUAGAAGUGAUUCUUGUGUUUGGUUUUGUUGUCCUUCCAACGCACCUCCGAUCAGCACGGCCGACUACGUGCGGUGCGGAAAAAACUCCACGCACACGCGCGCACGCCAUUUCAGUUGGUCUGUCGGCAAAAAACCGGAAUGUUGACGUCGCGAGCACAAACUCCGACAAUAUUACACGUACGACGUGUCGCUGGAGAUUACCGCCU